CGUAAACCUAUCAAGGGGUUUAUUCCGUAAGGGUAGAAAGCCCUAGCAAAACUGAAGUGCAGUUCUGCAAGUCUGCGACUCCAAAUCUCGGGGGGAAAAUAGAAAGAAAAAUUCCGAACACACAAAUUUUGAAUUGAAACAAGAAAAUGGGCAAGGAGAUGUCUAAUCCUCCGGCCAACCAGAAGCAUCAGUCUACGGUGGCGUACACGGUGGAGCAGCUCGUCGCCGUCAAUCCCUACAACCCCGACAUCCUCCCCGAUCUCGAAAACUACGUUAACGAGCAGGUCUCAUCGCAAACCUACAGUUUGGAUGCAAAUCUUUGCCUUCUCCGUCUCUACCAAUUUGAGCCUGCAAGAAUGAGCACCCAGAUUGUUGCUCGCAUCUUAAUCAAGGCUUUGAUGGCAACGCCAGCACCUGAUUUCAGCCUCUGUCUCUUUUUAAUUCCUGAAAGAGUGCAAAUGGAGGAGCAAUUUAAGACACUGAUUGUUUUGUCGAACUACUUGGAGACUGCCAGAUUCCGCCAGUUUUGGGAUGAAGCAGCUAAGAGCCGCCACAUCUUAGAGGCUGUUCCAGGCUUUGAGCAAGCUGUUCAAACAUAUGCAAUUCAUGUCCUUUCAUUGACGUACCAAAAAGUCCCGAGGUCUGUGCUAGCCGAGGCCAUAAAUAUCGAGGGCCCCUCUCUGGACAAGAUAAUCGACUACCACACUGCAAACUCUGGUUGGCAAAUUGAGAAAGAGAAAACGGGCCCACUUAUUAUUCUCCCCCAGAAUGAAUUCAACCAUCCCCAGCUCAAGAAAAGUGCUGCAAAUGGCGUACCUUUGGAGAAAAUAGCACGAAUCAUCCCCAUUCUUGGUUGAUCUUAUCGAAAAUCACUUUGUGUUGUGUGAGAUGACAGCAGGAUUACAUUUAAAAUUAAAGUUAGAUUUUGACCUUUUUAAGUUGCAAUGGGAUAAGAUUUUUAAAUUCUGAUUUGAAUUUUCACCUGUUUAAAAGAUGAUCAUUUGGAAUUUGCAUUUUAUCUUGAGUGAUCAAUAUCUUGGAAGUUGGAGGAGCAUGAUUGCUGUUAUGCAGAAGAUUUGAUUCUACCGAUAUAAGUUGGAUUGGUAUAAGUUGUAGUUUUUAUCGACACAAUGCUUCUGCAUAUGUUUAAAACCGAGGUGAAUUUUCAUCUUUACCACGUGAUUUGUAAAAAUUGUAAUUGUACGAUAGGGAAAAUUUUAAUUGCAUAAUUACAAAU